AUGGGGAACGAGGCUAGUAUGGAAGGGGAGGGACAGCCGGGACAGCCCGGCCCCGCUGUCCCUGCAGCAGGGGCUCCGGCUUCCAUUUCAGCACCACCGGACUCUGGACAGCUCAUCAAGCCCAGCAAUGGAGCGCCAGCCGGAGGAAGUGGGGCUGGACCCGGGCCGGGGAUUAACAGACCACCGCCGUCAGACCCAGGACCUAAAGCUGGAGUCCAGAGUGGUCAUGGGACAGGGGACAGAUUAGCCUCCCAUGAUACCCCUCAGCAUGCCACACCUCAAGGAGAGCAGGGCCAGGGUCAUGUGGCCAGGAAGAGUCUGCAGGUGGAUGUGGGUAGCAGCAGGACUGGGAGGUCCCCUUCUGUGUCCCCGGACCGAGGCAGCGUCCCCACCUCCCCUUACUCUGUGCCUCAGAUUGCACCCAUGCCCAGCAGCAAACUGUGCCCCGUCUGCAAAACCACCGAUCUGAUGGGCACUGGGGAUGACAAGCCGAACUUCAACACCUGCACACAGUGCCGCUCCAUGGUGUGCAACCAGUGUGGCUUCAACCCCAACCCUCACCUCACAGAGGUGCAGGAGUGGCUAUGUCUGAACUGUCAGAUGCAGAGGGCAUUGGGGAUGGACAUGACCACACCACGCUCCAAGAGUCAGCAACAGAUACACUCUCCUUCUAACACAGCCAAACCAGAACUCACACCUGAUGCUUCGAGUCAGCCUGCACCCCAGACACAGACCCCUCCUCAGACGCAGCCGCCAGCACAAGCUCAUCCAGCGCCUGGCCCUCCCAAACAGACUGGUCCAGUUGGCCCAGGUCAGCCACAAGCUAAGCUCCCUCCAGGCGCAGUCCCUCUCCCCGGCAUAGCCAAGGCCCCAUCCCAGCCUGAUCUAUCUCGCAGCUCUCCCGCCCACCAACCCCAGCACCCCCGUCAGGAUCAGACUCGCAGUGCGGGGAGCUCCCCUUCGCGACAGCCCCCACCUCCAGAGCAGACGUUUGGGAAGUUGUUUGGCUUUGGUGCUUCUCUCCUUAACCAAGCCAGCACUCUCAUAUCUGAGACUACUCAACCCCAACAACAGCCCCCAAAACCAACCCCCAAACCAGGAGGACCUCCUGGUCCUGGACCUGGGGCAGGUAAACCCUCAGGACCUCAGCCUACACAACAAGGGCCUCGGGCCCCUGUGCAGCAGCAGCAGCAGCAGCAGCAACAGCAGCAGCAGCAGCAGCAACAGCAGCAACAGCACGCUCCCCCAGACUCCUCUAAGCCCAAAGCUUGUUGCCCUCUCUGUAAGACAAAUCUCAACGUAGGCAACACAGAAGAACAACCCAACUACAACACCUGCACACAGUGCCACUCCCAAGUGUGCAACAUGUGUGGAUUCAAUCCCACUCCACAUCUAGUUGAGAAGAAAGAAUGGCUAUGCUUGAACUGUCAGACGCAGAGGGCUCUGUCAGGAAGCUUGGGAGAUAUUCCUGCUCCUGUUGCACAGCCUGUGGGAUCCCCCCGGCCACCUGCAACAGCCAAUCAACAACCGCCUCAGCAGAAAGGGCCCAAUCAACUUUCAGGGCCUAGGCCCGCAGGUCCUCAACAACAGCAGAAACCAUCGGGUCCCCAAGUAAGUGGCCCCGUCUCUCCUGUGAAACAGGCAGGGCCUGCCCCUCAAACCAAGGGGCUUAGCCAAGCGUCCCCUCAAACCAAGGGUUCUGCCCAACCUGUUCCUCAACCCAAAGGUUCAACUCAGCCUCCUUCCCAAACCAAGGGCCCAACACAACCCACAGCUCAGAGUAAGGGUCCACAAAUGAAAGGUCCUAAUCAAUCACAUGCUCAAAGUAAGGGCCCUAUUCAGUCUGCUAACCAAGUAAAAGGCCCGAGCCAGGCCAAAGGGCCGACGCAGACAAAGGGUUCUGCUCAGACCUCUGCUCAGGCUAAGGGCACUUCUCAUCCCUCUGGUGCCAAGGCUUCAUCCACCCCUGGUAAAGCAACACCCACCCAUGCCAAGACCUCUCCCACCCCUUCAAAAACAGCACCUACACAGUCUAAACCCACAGGUAACAACCAGGCCCGCAAACAGCCGCAGAGCCAGGAGAAGACUAAAGUCGCAUCUAAAUCUCUAAAAGAAGAUGUCAAGGCCUCACCGAAGAAGGCAUUGUCAGAGACUGUCACUUCACCAAAAGACAUGAAGAUAGCUGAAGAUGUACAGAAGUCAAGACACCAUGAAGAUUACAACAAAUCAAGUACCCACAGUUUAAGUGACACCGGAUACUCUUCAGAUGGGAUCUCGAGCUCUCAAGGGGAAAUUACAGGCCAGAUCCGAGAGGAAGGAAUCAAGCUCAGCGAAAGAGGUGCUUCCAUCCCCUCAGAAAUCACCAAGCUAGAGAGCUCGAUGAAGCCUCUGCUAGAGUCAAACACCGUCUCAGACCAGAAGCAUAGGCCACGUUCACUGUCAGUUGGACAGGACCGGGACUACAGUCCUGAUGACGAUGCAGCAAGGGAUGAAUCAGAGGAUGACCUCAGUUGUAAGCUUCGCCAUGAUUAUGUGGAGGACAGCAGUGAAAGUGGUCUCUCACCAUUGCCAGUAAGGCAGAAGAAGUCACAUAAAGAUUUAACAGACGAGGAGUUCAUGAGGAGGCAAAUUAUGGAGAUGAGUGCUGAUGAAGAAGAGGCAGAGGAAUUUGGAAACCAGAAGACUAAAAGAGGGCAUAAAACCAGUGGGGAUGUGAGCAAAGAGAGACGACGACUCUCUCACCAUUCUAAUAGUUUUGAGGAAGACACCAAAGUAACGGAGGGUGCAUAUAAAGAAAAUGAAGAGGAAGAUGUUGUAAUGGCCGGAGGCCUUCGACGCUUUAAGACUAUUGAGCUUAAUAACACCAAUAGCUAUAACCGAGACAUGGAGCUCAGUACUGAGCAUGAUCUACGAGAGCCAGAGCUAGAGAUGGAGAGUCUGACUGGUUCUCCAGAAGAGCGGUCCAAGGGGGAAUAUUCAUCCACUCUGCCUGCCACCACUCCCAGCUACACCUCUGGAACAUCCCCCACAUCUGUAUCGUCUAUGGAGGAUGACAGUGACAGCAGCCCUAGUCGUAGGGCAAGAUUGGAAGAGGCAAAGCAGCAGAGAAAGGCUCGACAUCGUUCCCAUGGGCCACUACUGCCCACUAUAGAGGACUCAUCUGAGGAGGAUGAGCUCAGAGAGGAGGAAGAACUACUUAGAGAACAGGAGCAGAUGAGAGAUCUAGAACAACAGAGGAUCCGAAGUACUGCUCGGAAAACAAAAAGGGAUAAAGAGGAGCUACGGGCACAGAGACGCAGGGAAAGAUCCAAGACUCCCCCGAGUAAUCUCUCUCCUAUUGAGGAUGCAUCGCCAACAGAGGAACUGAGACAGGCUGCAGAGAUGGAGGAGCUUCACAGAUCAUCAUGUUCUGAAUACUCACCUUCUAUGGACUCGGAGGCAGAGGGGUUUGAAAUGAUUGGUGGAAAGCUUUACAAAUCAGGAAAUGAAUAUAACCUUCCAACUUUCACAUCACUCUACUCCCCUACAGAAAAGACAUCAGCAGUGUCACCAUCUGAUAAGACACUAAAAAGUGCAGAGGAGGUUUAUGAGGAGAUGAUGAAGAAAGCACAGCUCAUGCAGAGGCAAGGACAAACAGUUAAUCAGCAGAAAGUUGCCUCUCAGCCUGACGGUAAACAUAACCUUGAAGCAGGAACUGUCUUAACCCCUGGCUCAAGCCCAACACAGGUUUCCGCUCCUAUGUCCUUCUCCACAACAGGGAGUGAUCCAAGAAUCCCAGGAAUUCAUGCAGCACAGCAUCUAUCAAAAGAAACACAAAAUAGGAUGAUGACACAGAGUGCCAAAAUUGAAGGUGUUGUUGGAGUUGCCACAACCAAACCCCAAGUCAGUCAGACCGCCACAACUCGACAGGCAGGCAGCACAGUGCCUGCCGGCAGCAAACCAGGCUCUCAGAGGCCAACGCAGGCACCACCUGACUCUGGAGCAUCCUCCCUAUCCUCCAAAGUCUUUUCCCUUUUCAAAGGUCCAAGCCCCCCAGGGUCCCCCAGUGCUUCCCCAGCACAAAGUCCAACACAUAUGCCAUCUGUUCGACCCACUGGUGGUAGUGGCAGGCAGCUGCCAUCCUUGCCUGGUGGUCCUACAUCAGCUACAGCCCCCCAUGGAGCUCAGGCACCUCAAAGGGCAAUUUCACCACGUCUUGCACGACAGCAGUCCUCUCAAGAUUCACCAGUGAUGGUGAUAACAAUAGCCUCUGAAGCAACUAGUCCUGCUAAGCCACUGACUGUAAAUUCUUCAACUUCCCCUCUGUCAUCUCCAACACAGGUCAGUUGUAAAACAUUGUAUAGCUCCCAGCCCCCGUCUACAAGUUCCCCAACAUCACCACAAAUGCAUCCAUUGCAACAGUCUCCUAAGCAUUCUUCGCAGAUGGUUCAAAAUGUUGAAAAAGUAAAUGUUGGUAUUAGCACAGUCAACACAACUGCCCAUGGUCGUGGAUCUAUGGAAAAUAUAUCUCUUUGUAAAAUCUCAAAUAUUCCAGGGACUUCAAUGGUUGUGGGUCAGGGCCAAACACAUCCAAGCACUAAUGUGGUAGAUCUGAGAGCCCCAAUGAGGCCUGCCCCAAUUAUAAUGACAGACCAGGGGAUGGACCUAACAUCCCUUGCCUCUGACACGAGAAGAUACUCUGUAGGAUCAGAGCAGCCAUCUGGUCGACACACGGCAGUGCAACCCCUUAUUAUGAACCUGAACGCACAAGAGCAACCACAUAUAUCUGUGUCUACACCGACCACAGUUAGUGUCACGGUUGUAGGUUCAACAUUCAUGUCCCAACCCAAGCAGCCAGUGGUGUAUGGAGAUCCUUUGCAAAACCGUGUGGAUUUGGGGCAAGGGGUUGGAUCAGCUGUAUGUUUAACCCAGAGUAAGCCACCGAUUAGUGACCCGUCUAUUCCCAAAAUUGAUGCCUGCCUGGAGAACCUGGGUAUACAACAGCAACAAUUGCAGUUACAGCAGCAGAAGCUCCUGCAGCAGCAACAACUUCUUGAGCAGCAGCUCCAGCAGCACCAACAGCAAUCAUCUUAUGCUCGAUACAAUUUAGCUAAUCAGGUCCAGCCACUGCUGACGAAAAAAGACCUUGUAGUGAGCCAGACAAGCAGUGCCCAGCCUGUAGUUACUGCUAGUGCCAUACCUAGAGUAUCCCCUCUGGCUCCACCAUCGGUGUCUGGGGCUCCUGCUUCUAACGUUCCCCAUGAAAUCUAUGGUGGAGUUGCCUUAGAGCUAAAAAACAAGCCGACAGUAAUGAACUUGUCCACAGGUAAACCUCAUGUUAUGAUGGUGCAACUUGAUGAGAGUAACACAUCACAGGUGGGAACAGUGACUCAACUGGUAAAGCGAGAGGAACCUCCUCCCCCUCCUCAGGUCUUGGAUCUCACGGGACAGAUCAAGUCAGAAAACCAGGUGGCUUGUUGUGAUGUUGUUUACAAAUUGCCCUUUGCUGGUUCCUGUUCAGGGUCAUUCACUCAGAAGCCUACAACAGUAUCCUCAGAUAAAACUCCCACCUCUGAAACCUCUCAAGCAGCCCACCCUCCCCAUCCACCACACUACAAUGUCAGCCAACAACAACAACAACAGCCUCAAGCUACACAAGGAGUGACAGAGGAACAUAAACCAUAUCAACCACCCAUAGUCCCCUCAGGAAGAAUACAGCCCUCAAUGUCUGAUACUAAUCUGCCUUCAAUGACUGAUGCUGGUCACUAUCCAAGCAAUGUCCAGGGGGGUCUGGCAGUAGAUCUCAGCAGCAUGAAUCAGGCUUAUGAUGGUGGAUAUCUUGGCAUGGGAGCACAGUAUGGAUCUUACACGGACUUGCGUCACCAAGGAGAUUUUGCAGGCCCUUCAUUACCCCUUCGCCGAUAUGGCUCCAUGUCAAAUAUCAAUUCCGACUAUGCAUACGGUUCACGUGACCUAACAGGAUCACAGGACUCCAAUCUGGCUCAGUACAGUGCAACCACUGCCAGGGAGAUCAGUCGCAUGUGUGCAGCUUUGAACACGGUGGACCAGUUUGGGAGUCGGUAUGGAAACAACCCUGAACUGGUCCCAUAUGGGGCUGGAAGGGGUGGAUCCCUAGGUAGGCUUAAUCUCCAGCAAAGCUUAGCAUCAAUAAGAGCAAACCUAUUGUAUGGCCCAGAUGGAAGACCAACGGCAAAUGGCCAAACCCUAACAAACCUAAUAAAUGCCAGACAAGCAAGUAUACGCGCCUUGUACCCUGCUGCUAUGAGAGGAGGUGAUGGCAUGAUAUAUUCCACAAUAAAUACUCCCAUAGCCUCUACCUUGCCAAUUACCACCCAGCCUGCCUCUGUCCUCCGUCCCAUGCCCAGGGGAAUUUACAGACCAUACCCUACAGGUGUAACAGCUGUACCACUGGCUAGUCUUACCAGGUUGCCUCAAGUGACUCCUAGAAUGCCUCUGUCCACACAGGGACCAUACGCUUACCCUCCUCCAAAUCAGUAUCCUACAUCAGCUACACCAUCAGGAAGUGUGCCUGCUGCAAGCAGCUCACACCAAGAAAUUCCAGUGUACCUUGGAAAGCCUUUAACAACAGUUGCUCCGCAAACAGCUGCAACCAUUCCACCAACCCCACCUACAGCACACUUAGGAGCACAAAAUGUACCAGCACCUGGUAUGCAAACCACAGAAGAUCAGCAGACAGACCGCACUCAAUUUACCUCACAGAGUGUUACAUCCCUUUCUCAAGCUCAAGGGCAAAAUCCAACUGCCCAGCCAGUCCAGGCUCAAAUGCAGCCACAACAGGUACCUGCUCAAACUGAACCUUUAUCUUUGACUCAAACCCAACCUCAAGUUCAGCCCAUCAGUCAACUUCAACCAUUAGUUCUGCCACAGGGCCAGCCACAAGCGACUCCCCAUGGUACUGCCCUAGCACAGAGUUCCAAACUUUCUCCUCCCAUGGAUGCACAGAAAGGAAAGGAAGAUGAGAGACUGAGUCAGCAACAAGAACAUAUGCUGCAGUUAGAGCGAGAGAGGGUUGAACUGGAGAAAUUACGGCAGAUGCGCCUACACGAGGAGCUUGAAAGAGAUCGUAUGGAGCUCCAGCGACACCGAGAAAAAGAACAAUUGCUUGUUCAGCGUGAGAUUCAAGAACUACAGACAAUCAAACAGCAAGUCCUACAGCAGCAGCAAGCUGAGCGGGAGACUCAGCUCAUCAUGCAAAGAGAACAACUGGCCCAGCAGAGAAUGCAGCUUGAACAAAUUCAGUCUCUGCAGCAGCAGCUUCAGCAGCAGCUGGAGGAGCAGAAAAGGCAAAAAACAGCAGCAGUGGAGGCAGCAGCUGCUGCUGCAGCAGCGGAGGCAGCCGCUGCAUCCGCAGCAGCAGCGGCAGCAGCAACAUCUGCCCAGGGUGCUAUACAAGGGGUAGUUGUUGGAGGAGGGGCCCCUCAAGGAUUCAUUAUCUGUGACCAGAGUGGUAGAGUUAUUCAACAAGAUGGACAGAGUGUUCAAUUUUGGCAGGAUGGACAAGUGGUCCAAGCCAUGGUGGCGGCUCGACCUAUUCAUAGUUCUGCCUCUGAAAUGUCUUUGAGGAGCAGUGACAAACAGGCUGAUUCCAAGACCAUGAAAAAGCAGAAUUCCAUGCCUCGGCUGAGGGAUGGCUCAGAGGACGACUCUGUGAAGAGGAUUACAGACAGCUGUGUGCAAACAGACGAUGAAGAUGGAGAGGACAGAUUCAUGAACAGGCGUAGGAGAACAAGGCGUAUCGCAGACUGUAGUGUGCAGACUGAUGAGGAGGACCAGGGAGAAUGGGACCAGCAGCCAGUAAGGCGCAGGCGAUCACGUGUAUCCAAGCACUCUGAAUCCAGUGGUGAGACUAAAUCAGAUGGGUCAUCUAAAGUGGCUUCUGCAAGUAUAGCUAUUCAGACCACAAAUGAUUCGUCAUGCCAGACGGAGCCCGACCAGCUAGGCAGGGUUUCACCUGCAAUCCACAUUACCAUGGCAGAGACCUCCAAGGUUGACCUAUUACAUUAUAUAGCUGCCCCUGAAAGGACCCACAAAGGAGAGAGUCUGGCCUGCCAGACAGAACCAGAGUCUCAUUCUCAGGGUGUGGUCGCCCCUCAACUUAGUGUCCCUACAACUAUCAGUCCGUACUCCACAAGUCUGCAUAUAGUAGGUGCCAACACAUCGGAUCCAACCUCUCCUAGACUCCAAGGAGUUGCUAAGUUUGAGAGGCGGAAACCAGACCCCCUGGAAAUUGGCUAUCAGCAGCAACAAAAUGAAUCUCCAUCUCGCCAACCCCCCAAAUCUCCCCAGGUGCUAUACUCCCCUGUAUCUCCAUUGUCUCCUCAUCGUAUGCUGGAGACCACAUUUGCCUCCCAGGAGAAACUCAACAAGGCCCAUGUUACACCCCAGCAGAAGGCCUUCACCGCUGAAUCACCCCAACGCCACCAGACCCUACCAAGACCCAUAAAAAGUGUGCAGCGCUCCAUGUCAGAUCCCAAGCCUCUCAGCCCCACGUCAGAGGACCCGGCCAAGAACAGGUUCUCCCCAUAUCAUCAGCAAGCUGUGUCCAACAGUCAGAUGGCCUCCCUGCAGCAGCAGCAGAACUCUCUGAUGAGGAAAGUAAAGAGGACUCUCCCCAGCCCCCCUCCAGAGGAAACUCCGCUCCCCAUUGUUACUCCAGCACAAAUGUACAGCUCUCCUGGCAUGCCCCAGAGGGUCCUACCCAGACCCACCCAGGGAGUCACCAAGGCCGGCCUGCUUAGUGAACUGAAAGCCGUUGAACAAGAGUCGUCAAAGCUCCGUAAACAGCAAGCCGAACUGGAGGAAGAAGAAAAAGAGAUUGAUGCCAAGCUUCGUUACUUGGAGCUAGGCAUCACCCAACGUAAGGAGACCAUGGUGAAGGAGAGGGAGAGGAGAGAGCUGGCUUACCUGAGAUGUAUGGGUGACGCUCGUGACUACAUGUCAGACAGUGAGCUCAAUAACCUCAGGAUAGCAGCUGCAACAGGAACCUUUGAUGCUAAUGGUCUGCUGACAAGGCCCAGCACUGCACCACUGAGUCAGUUUACCAAUGACCUCAAUGCAGCUUCUCAGUAUCCCUCAACCUCAUCUUAUAUGUCUUAUUCAUACCCUCAAAGUCAACCAUCAACACAGCAGCCAGGCUCUGCUUACCAACAGAUAGGCUUCCAACCUCCUCAGUACCCUUCAUCCUCUGCACCCCAGCCAGGAACUUUCCAACCCCAUCCCCCACCAGGCCCUGGCUACCAGAACCAGGGAACCUAUUCCUCCCGCAUGUAUGCCCAGUCCUCCUAUCAGCCAGACCUUGGCAUGCAGCAGCAUGGUCACCAGGGCUUCCAUCAGCCUGGUCAGCCCAUGCCAGGUCAGAGCCUCCCCUACCCCAGCCACAGCUCUUACCAACCUGGCCUCACCUACCAACCCCAGGCAGAAAUCCUUACAGUCCAUCAGAGACCAAGGCAAACGUCUUUGGCUGACCUUGAGCAAAAACUCCCCACCAACUAUGAGGUCAUCAGCAACCCAGCAGUGUCGGUGGCAACAUCAGCUCCAGAUACCAACUUUGGCUCAGUCUACAGCAAUGCAUAUGGACAAUACCGCCCCCCUGAGCCUGGUCUGACUCAUUCUGUGGACAGCCCCACCUCUGCUUAUGCUUCAGAUGGUCUCUACACCGCUAACCUGGAGCAGAAUAUUCCUAGGAACUACGUCAUGAUUGAUGACAUCAGUGAGUUGACAAAAGACAACACUAGCCAACCCACCGAUGCUUUAGGUCAUCCUGUGGGAGGGCGUUAUCGCACUGAGAACGGCCCUGCCCGUGGGACUGCCUAUGGUAGGCCUGAGGAUGAGCCUGUGGAUGCUUAUGGUAGACCUACAAGCUCAACAGGUUACCAAGGAACAGUAGACAGUCGCACCAGCACCACAGUGAGUGGAGGCUCUUCCUAUUACUAUGAUGAUUAUAAACACUCAUCACGGAGCAGCUCCAGUAGCCACAAACUCACACCCAAGAACCUCGCCCCUGCAGUAGUCUCCUCUAAACGCAGUAAGCACAGGAAGCAGGGAAUGGAGCAGAAGAUUUCUAAAUUCUCCCCUAUUGAGGAAGCACGGGAUGUGGAGUCUGACCUUGCCUCUUACACGAUGACAACAUCAACAGGAGGCAGCUGUACAGUCGUGUCCAGAUCCAAGAAGCUUCAAGAUGAUGUCACCUAUGGGAUGAAGAAGAGCGCAUACGACCAGCAGAAAUAUUACGGCACCAGUCGUGAGGGUCUUGAGGAGGAGGACCGCAUGUAUAGCUCUGGAAGGUCCAGGUCUACUGGAUAUGGUAUGGACAAGAUUUCCUCCAGAGAUGCCACAGGCCACAGGAGUAAAUCCUAUGAAAGAGAUGCAAUGGAGCGGUCUCAGAGAAGCGGCCGCAGUGGAAGGCCUCCCAUGCGCAGCCAGAAUUCAGAAGAGGAGAGCCCACUCAGUCCUGUUGGGAAGCCUGUAGGCAUAGGAAGAACAUCUGGCAUAUCAGAAGCCCAUGAUGUGAGAAAUCAGUAUGGCUCCAGCCAUUCAUUGCCAGAUGUGCAGGACCACCACAAGAAGGACCUGCCCAGGAGUCAUGUUUAUAAACCAGAUGACCCUUACCUUGUAGAUGACAUGCACUGUGCUGUUUCUGACAGUGAAGCCUAUCACCUGGGCCAAGAGGAAACUGACUGGUUUGAGAAGCCACGAGAGGCCCGUUCUGAUCGCUCAAGACAUCAUGGAAGUGGAGGUCACUCAUCAACAGGUAGGCGUAGUAAACACACCUACCAUGAUUAUGAUGAACCUCCAGAGGAUUAUGGUCCCCAGGAUGAAUACAACCAACAACGCCACUCGUCCUCCACACCGUCACGGGACCACCGUCACCACAGCGGCAGCACAGGCAGACACAGCUCUUCUCGCCACUCCUCAGAGGAUCCCAGGUCCUCGCGAUCUUCCAGGACACACCCCAAAGACCCAUCUGGUCGCUCUGAUGGCAGAAAUGCUUCAUCUACACAAAGAAGGAGUGGUCCAGACUCCCGUUCUGCCCAGGGAAGCCCCCGGAACUCAGGAGACUUCUCUCGUGACACCGCCUCUGGUCAUCACCAUGGCACUGGGGGAAGGAGCCAGAGACCCCAAGGAGAUCGCGUAAGCUCCAGGAGGCAGGAUCCCUCUGCAGCAGGGCCUAAACCAACGCAACAGCAGCAGCAGCAGCAGCAGCAGCAGCAGCAGCAGCAGCAGCAGCAGCAGCAGCAGCAGCCCCCUCAGGGCCAUGCUGGGCAGCAACGGUCAGGUGGUCAGGGUCAGUCUGGGAGACAUCCAGGCUCUGAACCACUUGAUAUCACCCAGCAGGCCCAGCAGCCGAGUGCACAACAACAACAACAGCAGCAGCAACAACCACUGCAACACAGCCAGACCUCUCAGAGCAGCCAGCCCACAACAACCACUGCAGGAGCAGGACCAGCACAACAGCAGCCCAAAACCGGCCAAACCCCACCACAGGGACGCCAGCCAGGAGUAGGGUCUGCAGCUGGGCAGCCGGCUACUACAGCGGCAAAAAUGGACGCUACGCCUGCAGCAGCAGCAGCUGUGGGAAUGAAACCUACAGCAGCAGUCCCAACCGCACCUCAGCCUACCAAAAUAGCUACACCUCCUCUAACAGGCAUCGGCUCCAAGGCCGCCCCUGUUGGGAUUGGUAGCAAACCCGGAGGUAUAGGCGGCGCUGCAGCAGGACCUGCACCUGCUGAGGGGGAAAAUGUACUCACCAAAAUUCUGCAAGGAGGGGCAGCAGAGCAGGCGGGAAAACUGGGAGAUGCUUUGUCUGGCCUCGGGAAGAAGUUCACUUCAUUUUGGUGAACUAAUCAGAGGAGGGGUAUCCAGAGUUGAAAUGAGAUGGAUUGGUAGCUUUGUACUUGAAAAACCUAUGAAACUGCAUUAAAUACAUUUCACAUUACAGAGGAAAUAGAGGAAGAGAGAUCUUGGGUGCAUCAAGCUGGAAUCAAAGGAUGCCUUGUCAGCACUGUAUUCCCCAGACGCGGGCACACGAUUGAAGUGAAUUAAAUAAGGGUGAUCGCUUCGUCAGCAUGGUGUUACAAGACAUGAGCAGAGGCCUGAAAGUAAGUGGGUGCCUUGACAAAACUACAGUCCCAGAAUGAUGAUAGUGGAGACAUCUGACGACUCACUGGAGGACAACAACCGUCAAUAAUGUGGAUGCAGUGAGGCGGAGGAGAGUGGGGGAAGGGGGACUGGAAUCCUGCUUCCACUCCUCUUUUAGAGAAAGUCUCCUGGGACCUGUGUGACAGUGAAAGGCCUGCUAACUGAGGCACCUGGAUAUCAUGGGAGAAUUUCAGCGUGUUUGGCCGUGCAUGUCCAUGGUUUCAAACAUCUCAAUAAAGGAAGCCUCACAGCGCCCUCUACAGGGAUUUUGAAGGAACACAACUCAUGUCUCAAGAGUGCAUUUCUGGCAAGGAUUUUUGAUUCUGUAUUGAUGUCCUCAGAGCCCAGAGCCAAAACACAGUGAAAAAAUAAAGAAGAUAGAUUUUCAUAGGUUUUCCUCGUACCAAAGAUACCAAUCUUAGCCCACAACGAUGCCACAUAGAAGACGAGGUGUAUCACGGCAAUGACAACCAACCUGAUGAUUCCACUACAAUCCUUGAAUGCUUGGUUUCUCUGGUCUCUACAGUACAUUCCAGUAUAGGGAAUUUGACCCUUUCGUUGAAUGUGUUUUUAUUUCUCCUCUUUUUCUUUUGAUGUCUACAGAAUGCAUUGUGUAAAUGUGGACAUGAGA